AUGCCAGGAGCGCCUGAGCAUGCAGAGCACCUUAUUAAACGCUUGAUUACUAAGCUGCAAGAUAAUUAUAAGAUUAUUUAUAUAGAUAAUUAUUUAAAUGUAGUAGAGUAUAACCCGAAUAUAUUAGUUAAGAAGGGACUGAAUACUAUUAUUAAGUACCUUAUUAAGAAGGUUCUUCCUCUACUGGAUAGCUAG